GUAAGGUCGGUUUCUUUUCUCUGAUCGUACAUAGCCUACUGUUGGUGUAAAUAACAAAAAAUGGGAGCGUCUAAUGAUAAACCCCUCAAAUGCCCGCUGUGUCACGAAGAGUGUCGGAAUCAGGUGACGCUGAGAUGCGAGCACACCUUCUGUCAGGACUGUAUCGGUGAGUUAUGGAGCGGAUCACCAACUGGACCUUAUUACUGCCCCGAGUGCAAGUACGAGUACAAGGAACUGCCAGACUACACGGGUGGAACCUCAGCAGCCAGACCCAGCCCAAGGUGGGCACUUGGAAAGAAGCUAUCUGCCCGAUAUUCCACUAAGCCAUUGCUUGGGAAGAGGAAGUCCAGUUCUGCAUUCCCCGAGAAGUACAGUGGUGGGAACAGGCUGGGUUCAGCACAAUCUAGUAACCUCAACGUCACUGACUCUUCUAAUGUGAUCAACAUCAAUGACUCUGAUGAUGAUACACCAGCACCACCUAAAAGAAAGCCCAUAGCAGAAGAGCACCCAUCUGAAAGCCUGUCUCCAUCCGUGGUUUGGAGGAAUACUUCUACGUGUGAUUCAUCAACACAACGCACACCUCUAGAAACAACCUCAUCAACACCUCUUCAUUUAGAAUCAUCGCCAGAGAGGAACACAAGCUCAAAAAGGGAGGACCAGCCUGUAGUGGCUUCAUGUAGUAACACAGAGACACCCAGAAAAAACAACACCCUUCAAGAAGAGAAAGAACCCUCAAAAGAGCCACCAAUGACAAAAGACACCUCCUCUAAAGCCAGUGAUUUUCCAAGAGUGAAUGUGACCACUCAUUCGGCUCAAAUAAGCCCAUCUAAUAAUGAGGAGCCUCCGGUCUUCAGUGUCUCAGGUACAUCAACAGAGAGGCUCUCCGGUAGCAGCCAUGUGCCCUGCCAUUACUGUCCUUCUUCAGACCAGAAGGUUGCAGUGAAGACCUGCCUUGUAUGUGGGGCCUCAAUGUGCUCACAGCACCUGCAGGCACAUCUGGAAAAGGCAGUGUUCCAAAACCACCCACUGGUGAACGCUGUGGAGGAUGUGUCUCUCUGGAGAUGCCAGGAGCACCAGGAGAUGAACCGCAUCUACUGUCGAUCGUGUUCAGUGUGUGUGUGUACUGUGUGUUCCUUGGUUGGAUCACACAAGGGUCAUGAGUGCAUCAGCAUCCGUGAGGCAGAGCAGGAACUCAGAGGCUCACUGAAGGAUGAGAUGACAAAAACUCAAAAAACUGAAAAGACCAUUGUGGAAAAAGCCUUCCAGCUCAGUGAGAAAAAGCAUGUUGUCCAGACAGGUCUGGAUGAAGUGCGAUUGGCUGUGUUGCAGCAGUAUCAGGCCAUGCGGGAGGCUCUGGAGCAUGAGGAGGCGCAGGCACUGCACUGUGUGGCUCAGGAACGGGACAGAGUGUUGGGGAGCAUCGAAAGGCAGCUUGACACCUUGCAGGGUGCCCUGAUAUCUAGCCAGAGCAUAUUAAACACCCUGCAGGGAAUGACCACUGCACAAGGGCUGUUGCAAUACCAGGAUCAAGCCUUUAUCAUGGCAUACAGCAAGAUAGCAACACAACUCAAUGGACUGUCUAAACCUGUGGAAAACCUUGAACCUCCUCAGGAGGUAAACCAGUGCCGACUUGACUGUCUUCAAGACUGGACUGAACGGAGACUGGACACUGUCCUCAUAGCACUGCCUCACCGUGACCCUUUCAGAUUGCUAUAUGGGAUAAGCCCAACUCUGGAUCCUGAUACUGCCCAUCCAAAACUGCUACUGUCUGAUGAAAACAGAACGGUACAGUACAGCGAGACCCAGCAGGAUUACACUGAGCAGGAGCUUCGCUUCAACAUAUUCCCGCAGGUGCUGGGCUCCCAUGCCCUAGACAGGGGCUGCUGCUACUGGGAGGUGGAGGUUCCUCUGGAUGAGGGCCGCUGGAAGGUGGGCAUCACUGAUGAACAGAUAGGCAGAAAGGGGCAAAAGGAUGCAUGUCGUAUUGGCUUCUACCCCAAUUCUUGGUGCCUAAUAUAUGAGAAGGGGAAGGUGGAAGCCCUUCAUGAUAAGGUGGCUUCACCUGUGUGUGCCACUGGACUAUGGAAGGUCGGGGUGCUGCUGGAUUUUAACGAGGGCCGCUUGUCUUUUUAUAGCGUGGCAAAGGAUGGGGCUCUUUCUUUGCUGUACAGUUUUGAGCAUACGUUCUCUGAGCCACUGUAUCCGGCACUGGCAGUUUCUAAAACUGAGCUCACCAUCUGUGAUGUAUUUACCAAGCCCACUACAGACUAGACUAUAUUUGUGCUUUUUAUCAAGCUUUUUAUCAUUAAGCAGCACUAAACACUUACAUUCCAGAAUACAACAUCAUUCCAUUAGUGAUCAUUGCUGUAUCCAGUAGUGCAACAGGUCUUGAUGAAAACAAACUAUUUUGGCCUGUUUGUAUUUAUUUUUAUGAAUGGCUAAAGAAUGAUAGCCACUGUUUUGGAGAGGUAGGAACAUUUACAUAACUGAGCCUUUUAAAACUUCAAUUCCAGAUAUAUACUCUAUAUAUCUAUGUUUUUAUACCAUCUGGAAUGGUUUAAUUUUCAAAAACAAUCUUGUGUGACUUUUGACUACAUUUUAAAAAUCAUUUUAAUUCUUUUUUAGGAUUUAUUUUAUAAUUCAUCAAAAAAAUAUUUUUUGUGUUUUUAUAUUGAUUAAAAUAUGUACAACUAAAUAAGACGGAGUUCAGGAGAAACAUUUCUCAUAAAUCUUUUAAAACAAUAUUGAGUGUUUUAAAUCUUAUUUAAAUUUAAACAGCACAUUUUAGAACAGACAUUUUGCAUCAAUAUAUUACUUCUGUCUUGAUUUAAUGUAAUAAGAAAUAUUGUUUUAAGCCAGUAAUAUGAUUGAUACCAUCUUAUAUUCAGAAUUAAUUUGGACGUUUUUGUCCAAACUCAAAUCGUCUGUGGCAUUUAAAAAAUAUAUAUUUUUGUCACUAAAUCUGUGUCAUUCCAUAAUUUCUGCAAUGUUGUAUCAUCAAUCUACUUGUUCAUGUUUUUAGUUGGAGUGACUGAAUAUUCCAUUUCAACUCCAGAUGGCAGCAUUGUUCAAAAUCAAAUGGAGAAACAAAGAAAAUAUGCUUUGUUGACUUCAAUUCAUCAUAUAGGAAAAUCAAACAAAAAGGUGUUAAAUAGUGUGCCAAUGCUCAGGGAAUCAAUUCAGAUGUUUUCUGCUUAUUUGGUUAUUUUAUAUGUUGUCUGAUUCAUAAUGUAUGUGCUUCUCAAAUAAAUAUUUUAAUUU